AUGAAAUCAACUGAAAAUAAUUCCGGUGGUAGCUAUGGUCUGCCAAAUGAAAAGAAAAAAAAUUAUUCUGAAGUAAUUAAUAUGUCUGAAAGCUCAAGGCAAGGAUUACUUAAUAUUAGAGCUUUAUUUUUUCUCACACUGUGGUAUUUUUUUAGUACUUUUCAAAUGAUAAUGACAGCAUUAUGUGGGUUCAUUCAACUUUAUUUUCCAUGCGGAAUGUAUAAGCCAACUUUAAGAAUGUCAAAACCUCCAGGCUUUUUCAGGCACAUGAUAUUUGUCGGUUGCACCAGGUUUACAACGGUUAUUUUAGGGUUAGUUGCAUUAAAUUUUGUUGCAGUUAGUUUUACAGAAACGAUAAAAUCUUCUGCACCAUUAUUUACUGUAUUAAUAUCGAGAUUUUUGUUGGGUGAAAACACUGGUUUAUAUGUUAAUUUAUCCCUCAUACCUGUGAUGUCUGGUCUUGCUCUCUGUUCUGCUAAUGAACUUAGUUUUAAUUUAAAAGGUUUCAUCGCUGCAAUGCUUACUAACUUAACCGAAUGCUUGCAAAAUGUUUAUUCCAAAAUGUUAAUCAGCGGAGAAAAAUUUAAAUACACGCCUGCUGAAUUACAGUUUUACACAAGCAUAUCAUCCGUUUUUGUUCAAAUUCCUGUAACAUUCCUAUUUGUCGAUUCUUCUGGACUAAGUCAAACAAAUGAUCAUUCUCUUUUACUAGCAUUUAUAAUAAAUGGAAUUUUUUUUCACUUUCAAAGCAUAUCAGCCUAUGUUCUCAUGGACUAUAUUAGCCCUGUGACUCACAGUGUUGCUAAUACUGCCAAACGUGCUUUUCUAAUAUGGCUGUCAAUCAUUCUAUUUAAUAAUCCUGUUACGAUAUUGAGUGGACUGGGAACUGCCAUUGUUAUUUUAGGGGUUUUACUAUAUAAUAAAGCACAAGAAUGUGAUAAAAACGUAAGAAGCAAAACGUUAAGGUUAUGA